GCUCGGACAUCCUUUUCCGGAUUGGGUUUUCCCGGAUUUCCCCAUGGGCUUCAAGAACCGGAGCCUGGUGUCGCUGGAGUCGCUUCUGGUUUUUGUCUUCUUCUUCGUUGGAUUGAUCAGCGACCACUUCUUCAGCACCUUCCAGCGCCCCGUGCUCCAGCAGCGCCUUCAGCUCAGCAACGGGACCUCAGUCGUCCUGGUGGAGCUGUUGCUGGAUGAUCCCUAUGUGCCGGGCGACCAGCAGAUUUUCCCAGUCAGCUUGCUGAUGCUGCUGUGCAUAGGCAUGCCAGUAGGGGUGAUGCUUGUGAUCACCUGCCUCUGCCCGCGGGACGGCGAGCCAGCCUCCUUCGUGAGAGGCCUCCUGAUGGCCAUGGCGUGCAUGUUCUUCACGGUGAACCUGACGAAGAACUAUGUGGGCUAUUGGAGGCCCUACUUCUACCACAUGUGCGGCUGGGACGGCAAAGAGUGCACCAACACGAACGACGAAGCGCGGAGGUCCUUUCCCUCGGGCCACUCCAGCACGUCCUUCUGUGCGAUGCUGUUCACCUCCCUUUUCCUGCUGGGCAAGGUGGCAGGUCUGCGCCCGAAGCCGAUGAUUCCGCUGCCGCUGGGCCACCUGGACCUGACCAACCUGUUGCUGCUCCUGGCAUUGGUCCCCACCUGCCUGGCCUUUUGGGUCGCCGCGUCGAGGGUCCGGGAGAACGACCACCAUCCCGCGGACGUCGUGGCGGGCGCGAUGAUCGGGUCCGCCUGGGCAGCGCUGUGGUACGCGCGCUACUUCACCCCUUUGUGGGACUCGGAUCCAGACUGCUCCGAGCCCAUGCAGCCGGAGAGCUCGGAUGUGCUGAUGACGGAGGACCCUGCCAGGCCUUGAACACCAAGGCCGGACGCCUGGGUCACUCUCUCAGAUGUCCGAGUCUCACCGCCGUCAACGUACAAGUCUGUUUCACACUGAGGGGGUUGCCAAAGGAUUGGGAUGCU